CCCUCCCGUGUUCGUCGCUAAUCCCCAUUCCCCACAAACCCCCGUCCUCUCGCUGCAACCACUUCGCCCCCACCGAGUGCGAUCGAGAAGCUUCCAGGAGCUAGGGUUUCCCGUACCGACCGAUGGCCGUCGCCGUCGCCGACGCGGUGCUGCCCUCGCCGCCGCUCCCGCCCCCGCCCCCGCCGGCGCGGAUCGUCGUCGUGGUGCUGGCGCUCGUGCACUUGGCCCUCGCCCCGAUGCUGGCGCUGGGGCGCGCCCUCUGCGUCGCGGCGGGAGCCCUCCCCUACCUGGGCUUCGGGGUCGCGUGGGUCAUCUCCGCGGCCACGGCUGGACAGGUCGUGGCGAGCCGCGCCUGGGGCGAGAGCUCCGCCCAAUUCCUGUUCCUGCAGGCCAUCAUGUACUGGGGCCUCAAGGUCCUCAUCUACAGCAUCCUUGUGCUGGUCGCGCUUCUCGCCCUGUUGAUGUGCGUGGCCUACGUGUUUGCACUUGUAGCUGGAUCCACUUCGGCAUUCAAGAAGAGCGCAUCAGGAGCAUUCACGCGGGAGUCGGUUGCAGACAUGUUUAGGCUUCCGCGCACCGCGGUGCUUGGAUAUGUUGCGGAUGUGGCCUUCUUCCUUCUAAUGGUCGCUGGUCUUCUGGUGGCGAUGCUGUCGCCGCAUGUGGAGGGUUCGAUAUCUCAGGGUGAAAUGGUCGCCUCCGUAAUCAUAGAUGUGGCACUAUUUGGUAUGCACGCGACAGCUUGCUUUGUUAUCAUCCCAGCGCUCGUUCUAAGUGUGUGGAGGGGUGGCCAGGCGGACAGGAAAGUGCCAUCGCAGUUUUGUUGAGACGAAGCUAAGAAGAGAAGGUGUCCGGGGAUUUUGGCAAGGAUCCUAAUCGUCAUUCUACUGAUGGUUGUGAGUGAUCCCCACAGAUACAAGUUUUCAGAGGAAAAAGAGAGUUUCUGCAGACUUGCUUCUUCGAUUAGUAAAUCCUAAUCGGCAUUAACCAUGGAAACUUUUUUAGACCUGCUUAUUUGUGCUAUUACUAGAUCGUAAUCGUCAAUAGCUAGCCGUGAAGUUUGGUGGGUCAUUAUGGGUCUGGUGAUGAUGUUUGGUGCUACUCCUCUGGUCUCCUUUGCGAUACCCUAUUGGAAGAAAACGCUUCCAUGAGACAUUAA